CAGCACAAAUAUUAAAAGCUCAGAAUAUGAUAACUAUAAUGACAAAAGCCCACUUUUCAGAAGAAAAUGAAAAAAAGAUAAAAUUAAGAAAAAUUGUAGGAGAUGGAGAAGUAGACUUAUUUGGAGAAAUA